CUUGUGGCUUUAUUUAGUAUUUUGCGUCAUCUGUCCUUGUCCGUGUGUGUCUCUCAAAGCUUCGCCGGCGGCGACCGGAAACAGGAUACUCGCCGGGAAUCCAGGAUCGUUCAGACCAGGGAAAUUUGAGGAAGAAGAUGAAAGUUUAUGUGAAGACUUUGAAGGGUACUAACUUCGAGAUCGAAGUAAAACUUGAAGACACGGUUGCUGAUGUAAAGAAAAUCAUAGAGACGAUACAAGGUGUGGAUAUUUACCCUGCUGCACAACAGAUGCUGAUUCAUCAGGGGAAAGUUCUUAAAGAUGGCACAACACUGGAAGAAAGUAAAGUUGCUGAAAAUAGUUUUAUUGUCGUCAUGUUAAGCAAGAGCAAGGUUUCAUCAGGAGGAACAUCAACUGCUUCAGCUGCACCUCCAAGUCAAGCCCAACCUGCAAGUUCUUUGCCUUCUAGUGCAACACGACCAUCAACAACUACUCAAGCUUCUGCUCCAACUGCAGCACCACUACAACCUGCCAUUGAAUCUACACCUGCUGUAGUUAAUCCUGUCUCUUCAGAAUCAGACAUAUAUGGACAAGCAGCAUCAAAUCUUGUUGCAGGAAGUAAUUUAGAGGCUACCAUUCAACAGAUACUCGACAUGGGUGGAGGCAGUUGGGACCAUGAAACUGUUGUUCGUGCUCUACGUGCUGCAUAUAACAAUCCUGAGAGGGCAGUUGAAUAUCUUUACUCUGGCAUUCCUGAGCAAGCUGAAGCUCGACCAGUUGCCCAAGUUCCUGCUAGUGGGCAGGCUGCAAAUCCUCCAGCCCAGGCUGAACAACCUGCAGCACCUACCAGUGAUGGGCCAAAUGCAAAUCCUCUAGAUCUAUUUCCACAGGGCCUUCCCAGUAUGGGUUCCAAUGCUAGUGCAGGCACCUUGGAUUUUUUGCGCAACAGUCAACAGUUCCAAGCAUUGAGGGCUAUGGUGCAAGCAAAUCCCCAAAUCCUUCAGCCUAUGCUUCAGGAGCUUGGGAAGCAAAAUCCACAUCUUGUGAGGCUCAUUCAAGAGCAUCAGGCUGACUUCUUGCGCAUGAUAAAUGAACCUGUUGAAGGAGAAGGGAACCCACUUAGCCAGUUGGCCUCAGCGAUGCCACAAGCUGUGACUGUCACCCCUGAGGAGCGCGAGGCAAUCGAACGUCUUGAAGCAAUGGGUUUUGAUCGAGCCCUAGUUUUGGAAGUAUUCUUUGCAUGCAACAAGAAUGAAGAACUGGCAGCCAACUAUCUAUUAGAUCACAUUCAUGAGUUUGAGGAAUGAACAUAAGUGUCCCUAACGCCUCUUUUUUCCUCUUCCAUGUUGGGUUUCCAUGUUGGGUGAACUUGGUUUUCUUAUUAUGUACCUUAUCUCAACUAUUUAUCUUGUGGGCGCUUUUUAUCCUUGGACAAACAUAGCACAUUCUCCUUUCUACGUUUAAAUACUGGUUACCAACUUGCAGCUCUGGAUCUGUUAACCAAAAUUGGAUAAAUGAGUCAAUUAACUGUACUUAAUUUAAUAAUGCUGUCACAAACAGAGUCUCUAAGAUGUGGUCAUUUACAGAAAGUUUUCUAAUUUCUCUCUUUUUUUCUAAUGAAAAGUGGGGUUCUCAUC